UUGUAGUUUUGUAAACGUAAGUAAACGGUCAAGUUAUUUAAAGUUACAAUAUAAUAUAAAUUGUUUUCGGUUAUAGUAGUCCCAACGAACAUUCCCAAUCGCUGACUACAAAUUAAUUAACGUCGGGACCGGAAAAAACGGAGAGAGGUGUUCACAAAGAUCAUGACUGGUGAGGAUGAUAAGGUCAUCCCUGUGCGGGUUGCCUUGCGCUGUCGCCCUUUAGUAGCAAAAGAAGUCAACGAGGGAUGUCAGUGCUGCCUCACCUUUGUACCUGGGGAACCACAGGUAAUUGUUGGUACAGAGAAGGCCUUCACCUAUGAUUAUGUAUUCGAUCCCACUGCUGAACAAGAGGAAGUCUUCAGUACUGCAGUGUCCUCUUUACUGUGUGGCAUUUUUAAAGGAUACCAUGCCACAGUUCUUGCCUAUGGUCAGACAGGAUCGGGUAAGACCUUCUCCAUGGGGGGAGCAUACACUUCAGCUCAAGAAGAUGACCCUUCUGUUGGAGUUAUUCCACGGGUUAUCAGAAGAAUCUUUGAGGAGAGGGAGAAGAAGACAGACUGUGAAUUCUGCAUGGCAGUGUCUUAUCUGGAGAUCUACAAUGAAGAGAUAUUGGACUUGUUGUGUACGUCUAAAGACAAACCAGCCAUCAGCAUUCGUGAAGACCCCAAAGAGGGGAUUAAGAUUGUGGGUUUAACUGAGCGACACGUGUCCUCUGCUCAGGAGAUGGUGGGCUGUCUUGAACUGGGAAACUCUGCUCGUACUGUGGGCUCUACAGCUAUGAAUGCUGCUUCAUCACGCUCACAUGCUAUCUUUACCAUCACACUGGAGCAGCGCAGGGGGGCAGAUAGAGUUGACUCAGUUGUUUCAAAAUUGCACCUUGUGGAUCUGGCUGGUUCAGAGAGGCAAAAGAAAACCAAAGCAGAAGGAGAUCGCUUAAAGGAAGGCAUCAACAUCAAUCGAGGCCUUUUGGCUUUGGGUAAUGUGAUCAGUGCCUUGGGUGAUGAAAGCAAGAAAAAUACCUUUGUUCCUUACAGGGAUUCGAAGCUCACUCGCCUACUUCAAGAUUCUCUGGGAGGAAAUAGUCACACUUUGAUGAUUGCUUGCGUCAGUCCUGCAGACUCAAACAUGGAGGAGACCAUUAAUACACUGCGAUACGCCGACAGAGCUCGCAAGAUUAAAAACAAACCUAUUGUCAACAUUGACCCCAGAGUGGCAGAAAUGAGCCGUCUGAAGAAACAGGUUCAAGAGCUGCAAGUGAUGCUACUUCAUGCCCGUGGAGGAGUGGCGCCAGUUCUUUCCGGGGCAGAGUCAGCUGAGAAUGUGACGAAGCUCUUGGAUAGGAAUCGCGCUCUGCAGGACGAGAACAAUAAGCUGAGCAGAGAGCUGAGUGAAGCAGCUGGACAAACCGCCCUCAUGUUUGAGAAGAUCAUUAUGUCAGAACAAACAAAUGAGAGGCUGCAAAGCAAACUGGAGCAACUGCGACACCAUCAAGCAUGCACUGUGGAUCUUGAGAAGCUGCUGGUGGCUCUGGAGGACCAGGAGUUGAAGGAUAACAUAGAGGUGAUGAAAAACCUGCAAGACCUCAUUUUGGAGCUCAAGAAUGAAAGCGCAGGCAUUGCUGCAUCCAUUGAUUCUAUGACUGGAGAAGAGGACGUACAGGAUGAGUCUGGGAAUGGCAGCAAGAAUGAAGCAGAUGAGUCGACAUCAGAUUCCACUGCCUUAGCUGGUAAGCACUCACCAGAGGCCUUUACAGCCCAUCAUGCACUGCGUCAGGCCCAACUCUCUAAGGAACUGAUUGAGCUCAACAAAGUGUUGAGUUUAAAGGAAGCUUUUGUGAAGAAAAUGUGCCAGAAUGACAGCCAGCUGGAGCCCAUGCAGUCUGAACACCAGAAAAACAUCCAGGAUCUACAGGCAGCAGUGGAUUCUUUGCAAAAGGAGAAAGUGGAGCUCGUUUUGGCACUCCAAUCUGCCAAGAAAGACACCAACCAGGCAAAACUCAGUGAGCAGCGGAGGAAGAGGUUACAGGAGCUUGAGGGUCAGCUUGGUGACAUGAAGAAGAAGCUUCUUGAUCAGUCUAAACUUCUGAAACUAAAAGAAUCCUCUGUUCAGAAAGUGAGCAAGCUCAUGCAGGAGAUACAGGCUAUGAAGACACAGCGUACACAGCUGAUGAGGCAGAUGAGAGACGACUCUGAGAAAUUCAGACUCUGGAAGAGCAAGAAAGACAGAGAAGUGAUUCAGCUUAAGGAGAAGGAUCGCAAACGUCAGUAUGAGCUGCUGAAACUUGAGAGGGAUUUCCAGAAACAGGCCAAUGUCUUGCGUCGGAAAACUGAGGAGGCUGCAGCUGCAAAUAAGCGGUUGAAAGAUGCCCUCCAGAAGAGAAGUGAGGUGGCAGAGAAACGCAAAGAUUUUCAGAAUAGAGGAACAGAGGGAGCUGCUGCAAGAACAAAGGCUUGGCUUUUGAAUGAAGUCGAGUUAAUGGUGAGCACAGAGGAGGCCCGGCGCCAUUUGAAUGAUCUGCUGGAUGACAGGAAGGUCUUGGCUCAGGAGAUCAACCAUCUCAAACAGCAGAUUGAGGCUGGGGACCGCCCCGCUGCUAAAAUACGGCGUCGGACAUUGCUCAUCUCUGAGCUGGAGACGCAGGGGGCUCUGGAAACCCCUCUGACCAAACAGGUGGAGAACCUGGAGGGGGAAAUGGGCCUCAGGAAUGCUCAGAUCGCUGACCUCCAGCAGAAGGUUCUUGUCGCAGACAGUGAUAGACGUUGGAAGCAGCGCAUAGAUGGCAUCACAAGCAUUGUAGAGGCAAAGUGUGCCCUGAAGGUCCUCAUAUCUGAGCUGGUAGAUGCUAAAAUAGUGAGCGCAAAGCUGGACAGUGAAGUCAAACAGGAGAAAGCAAAUAUACAAGAUUUAAAGAAGACGCUGGCUGAUGAGAGAAAUGUGAUGUCCACCAUGGACAUGGAGCACCAGCAGCAGUUAGUUGAGCUAGAGGAGAGGCAUCAGGAGAAGGUGCUUUAUCUCCUUAAGCAGCUACAGAACAAAACCAUAUGUCUUGAUUCAGAUGAAACAAGUUCAACAAAUGAAGAGACUUCGAAAGAGAAGGAGCUUCUGCAGCGCCUCCAAGUACAGGAAGAAGAAAUUGAAAAGCUUCAUGAACGGAACCAGACAUUGAUGGAGCAGAAUGAACAAUACAAACAGAAAUUUGCACUUCUCCAUCUGGCUAGCGGAAAGAAAAUCCUUGCGCCUACACUGAGUAAAGAACAGACUCCAGACGACUCUUUUGAUUAUGUCCCCCCAAAGCCUAAAGGAAAGCGCUUUACCACAGCUAAAGCACCGCUGAACAUGACCAUCAAUGUCGACGAGCUGAUGUCUCCCAGUGAGGAUGAGAUCGAGGAGGAGGGGGAUGAGUGGUGUCCUCAGAAGCCCGAGAGGGGACGCAGAGCUUCAAGGAAAACUAAAACAAACGGGUGCGCAUGUAAAGGUCGCUGCAGCAACAAGCUGUGCAGAUGCCGCAAAGGAAAGUUGACAUGCGGGGAGAACUGCCAGUGUGAUCACGAGAAAUGUCGAAAUAUGGACGACAAAGUGUCUGCUAAGGAUUUAAGUCAAACAGAUGAUGUGUCAAGGGACUCCCUACAGGAUCCUCCAUCUGCAAGCCCUGAAAAUGCCACUUUUUUCAAGCCGCCGACCUGUACACCCACCAAGAAGGUGCUCAAAGAAAUCGGCGACAUGGGACACGUCACAGCAGACGUGAACAUGCCAGAGGAAGAGGACGAUGAUGAAGAGGAGGGCGAGAGGGCAACUGUCAGCUUCCUCAAAAAGAAGAAAAGGAUCCUGACGAGUUUUCAGAACAGUUUUUUCUCCGGAUGCACUCCUGUUAGGGAAGAAUCAUAACCAGGACAGUGAACAGCAGAGCCUUUUCCAUCAUCUGUCCUCGUUUCCCUCAUGUUUUGUCCAUGUCUUCUUUAAAUGUGACUAAACUGUUGUCUACUGUAAUCUGAAUGUAGCUGAUGAUUUCCUGUAGAGUGAAACGAGGACCUGUUGAUAGCAUCGAAUCGUUGACUGGAAUCCACAAUGAGAUGAUCAACAAGUCUAUAUGUAAUGUAUUAGUUUAAUGUGUUACUAUUCCUGGUAGGGUAAGACUAAAUUUACUUACAAAUGAACUCACAAAUGACAGUACAAAGUACUUUUAAACACAUCAUUACCUGUAACGCUUAAAGGAGCAGCCUUUAGGGUUUUCACUGCUUUUAACAUUAGAGUUUAAUAAAGUCUUAGUCAAAUGCUAAGGGAAUUGAUGAGUUGUUUUUCUGAUGCAGAACCAGUCAAAAGCAUAUCUCCAUAUUUAUUUUAUUCAUUAGUCUGUUCUGAUUAACAUUUUAAUUUGUGCUCGUGUUUACAGCUGUUAAUGUGUAGCAGAAGAUUAAAGGACAUGACAUUAAAAGAA